CAAAGGUAGUUAAAAUAUGGAGUAUUACCCAAAACAAAGGAAAGAACAACCAACACAUUACACAUCUUCAACAAAUGGAUUCAACAGCAAAUAUGGCUAAUAGAAACAGCCAUGGCUCCUCGGAAGUUACAAUCCUUUACAAUUGCAUGAUAGUCACCAUGGAUUGUGAGCUCCGAGUAUUCGAAAAUGGCGCCAUCGUCAUUCAAGGAGAUAAAAUCAUAUCAAUUGGAAAAUCCGAUGAUAUUCUUCACAUCCAUAGCUCUGUUACCGCCUCGUCCUCGAUUCAUGAUCUCCAUGGCCAAAUCUUACUCCCUGGGUUUGUGAAUACGCAUGUUCAUACAUCGCAGCAGUUGGGGAGAGGAAUUGCGGAUGAUGUUGAUCUGAUUACUUGGUUGCAUCAUCGGAUUUGGCCUUAUGAGUCUCAUUUGACUGAGGAAGAUUCAUUCAUUUCUACUUUACUUUGUGGAAUUGAGCUCAUUCACUCCGGAGUGACUUGCUUUGCAGAAGCAGGAGGGCAGAAUGUCUCUGGAAUGGCUAGAGCAGUAGAGGUACUUGGGUUACGAGCAUGUUUAACAAAAUCCAUUAUGGAUUCUGGUGAGGGUUUGCCGGCUUCAUGGAGUGCUCAAACUACUGAUCAGUGUAUUCAGUCUCAGAAAGAACUUUUUGAGAAGCACCAUGAUACUGCUGAAGGAAGAGUUAGAAUAUGGCUUGGAAUUCGGCAAAUUAUGAACUCAACUGACCGCUUGCUAAUGGAGACUAGAGACCUUGCUAAAGAAUUGAACACUGGGAUUCACAUGCAUAUUGCUGAGAUUCCAUAUGAGAAUCAAGUUGUUGUUGACACACGAAAAGUUGAUCAUGGAACAGUGACGUUUUUGGAUAAAAUUGAGUUUUUACAAAGUAAUCUAUUGGCAGCCCACAGUGUUUGGGUCAACGACGAUGAGAUUGGUUAUCUUUCAAGGGCUGGGGUGAAAGUCUCUCAUUGUCCUGCUGCUGCAAUGCGGAUGCUUGGAUUUGCUCCUGUAAAGAAAAUGCUUGAUGCUGGUGUUUGUGUCUCUCUAGGAACAGAUGGUGCACCAUCAAACAAUAGAAUGAGCAUUGUUGAUGAGAUGUACCUAGCUUCACUGAUAAAUAAAGGAUAUGAAGCUUUUGUGACUGGGACAACUGAUCCUACAGCUCUCCCAUCUGAAGUAGUCCUUAGAAUGGCAACCAUAGAUGGUGCUAGAACUGUUCUAUGGGACAAUGAGAUUGGAUCGCUUGAAGUUGGAAAGAAGGCUGACAUUGUCAUUGUUGAUCCUCACUCAUGGACUAUGACUCCAGUUAAUGACUGCAUUUCCAGCCUUGUCUAUAGCUUACGAACUGAAAAUAUUGUUUCCGUUAUCUGCAAUGGAAAGUGGAUCAUGAAAGACAAGAAGAUCUUGAAUGUGGAUGAGGAAGAAGUCAUACUAAAAGCAAAGAAAGCUUCAAAAGAAGUUUUGGAGAGGGCUGGUAUUACUAUUCCAAAGAGAAUGAAAAUGAUCUGAUCGACUCCUUUAAAGAAGGCUGCCUUCUUGUGCAAAUAUCAGUUUCUUUAGAAAUUUAUUUAUGUUUCAUUCAAUAUGGAGUACCAUUCAUGAGUCUUGUUCCUUGAAUGAGUUCUUGAUCUGAA